AUGGCAAGGCCCUCGUCCCUACCUGGCAACCCGGUGACUGGAUUACGCGAUGACUUUUUCGGUCGACCCGACAUGCUCAACAACAGCGUCACCCAGACGCGCAUGCCCACUAAGUGCAAUAGCGGCUUGUUGGCGCUCAAGGUGCCCGACCCGCCGCAGUUUGCGCCGUCGGCCGUGUGCGCCAUUUCAGCGGACGGCAAGAUUGCGGCGGUGGGCGGCCGGGAUAUUGAGUUGUUCCUUUGGGACGUGGACACGGGCGACCUGCUGUCCAAGAUCCGCGGUCACGACAUCUUCUGGGUGGGCUCCCAUGACAAUGCCUUUUUCAUUACGUGCCAGGAAGACGGCAAGGUCGUUUUGUGGGACCGCGGCACCAUGCGCACCACACUGACGCUGGGGGAGGUGGCGGACGGCAUCACCUGCUGCCACAUCGCGCAGGAUAACGACUUUGUGGUUGUGGGGAGCGCGAAGGGCAACGUGUACAGCUGGGAUACGGACACGGGUACGGUGGCGCACAUGUACGAAGCGGGCCACAAGGGGCCCGUACAGUUUGCCCAGGUGUAUUCAUUACCAAGCUACGGCCGCUGCGUGGUGUCGUGCGGCGCCAAGGACCACACAGUGGUGGUGUGGGAUCUUUUGAGUGGGGAGCCCCGCGCGCUGAUUGAAAUCAAGGAGUUGGAACACGCCAAGAACCUCAAGUACGACGUGACACGCGACGGUGCGCGUGUGGUGGUUUGGUGUACGGAUUCCGUACCCUUUCCCAACUUGGUGGUGGUGGAUAUCAUGUCGCAGAACAAGAUCUCCGUGUAUUGCCAUGAGGGUCUUGUACGGCAGGCGGUGUUCACUCCGAACGGCGAUCGGAUCAUCAGCUCAGGGAACGAUAACCGGCUGCAGGUUUGGGACACGUUCAGCCUUGAGAACCUUGUCACCAUGAGCGGCCACGAGGGCAGCGUGUUGUGUUGUGCCGUCAACGAGACCGCGACCCGGGUGGUCAGUGGGGGGGAGGACUGCUCGGUGCGCCUGUGGAGCCUGGAUGAUGGAAAGCAGCUGCUGUGCUUCCAGGCCCAAGACGAGCCCAUCAAGCAGGUCCAGUUCGCCAGCUCGGGACAGAAGAUCCUCUCCUGCGACGUCACCGGCCGCGUGUACGUCUGGUCCAUGCAUGCCGAGUUCCUGACCAACCUGAUGCGUCGGUACGCCGACAACAUCUCCGCAUGCGCCAUGUCCAACGACAUGAAGCUGUGUUUGGUGGGCUGUAACAACGGCCGCGUGAUGCUGUGGGAUGUGGAGCGGCGGGAGAGCGUGUGGGAGUACACGCACCACACGGGCCGAGUGGAGGCGGUGGCGUUCAAUUCCAUGCGGGACAUGUGCGCGACGGCGGGUGCGGACGGACGGAUUGUGCUGCUGUUCAGCGACAGCGGGAAGCAGGCCAACUCCUUCCUCGGCGCCGAGGAGCCCAUGAUGACGGUGCAGUUCUCCCCGGACGAUGAGCGCAUUGCGGGGUGCGCCGCCGACGGCAAGCUGUACCUGUACACCACCGCCGGCUCCACCCGCAAGCCCAAGGCGGUGCUGAGGUCCUCCGUGGCUCGGAUCAGUAACCACGUGUGGUCGCCGAAUUCGAAGCUUGUGGCGGGGGCGUGCUCGGAUGGCACCAUGAUGGUGUGGAAUGCCAGCUCUGGUGGCAUCCACAGUGUACUGGAGGGCGCGGCAGUGGGGGCCACGUGCUGCUGCUUCGACCUCAUUGGGAAGCUGCUGGCUGUGGGGACUGUACUGGGCACCACGCUGAUGUACAACCUGGAGACAAGCGAGAUGUUGGUGGAGCUCAAGGGCAAUGCCAGCCCCGUGCGGGAGGUGGUGUUCAACCAGGAGACCAGCCAGCUCACCACCAUGUGCAGCAGACAGGCGUGUGUUUGGGACGUGUCAUCCGCGACCAAGAUCCGCGUGUUUGACUUUGUGAUGGACAAGGCUGGUGACUUCAAGUCGCCCCCUCACCCGUACCGUUGGGCUGUGGCUCACAACUCCACGGUGCUGUUCGACCACGAGAGUGAGGCGCUGGUGCUGGACAUGCUGACCAUUGAUGACCCGCUGCUCAGGUCCUACUACCUGUCAGAUGUGCAGACCAUUGCCAGCGGUUUCAACCACCGCAAGCUUCUCGUCUGGUCGGCUGCGGGUUCGUCCGCUCCAGACAAGUUUCACACCACCCAUGACGCCAUCACCUCGACCCACUUUUCAAACGACGACCGAUUGGUGGUCAUGGGAACGCAGGACGGCAACGUGGUGGUUUACGACGUGGUACAUGGCGAGACGGUGGAGAUUAUCGUGGGUCAUCAGAACGGCCCCUGCCGCUGCGUGAAACUGUCCGCUGACAACCGGGAGGUGCUGUCGUGCGGUGCGGACUCCAAGGUGGUGCUGUGGGACUGGCGGAAGAGGAGUCCCCUCCGGAUCUAUUCGGGACACUUCAUUUCCAUUGGCUGCUGCGACAUGUCCAUGCAGGGUAACCGGGUGGUUUCAGGUGACAACCACGGCAUGAUUUGCGUGUGGGAGAAGGACAGCGGCAACCCCGUACAGACCCUGCCGUUGGCGCACUCCAAGGCGGUGCUGUCGGUCACCAUCUCCGCCGACGGAUCCACCAUUGCCUCCGUCGGCGCUGACGAUAAGGCAAGGGGGUCAACAAGGGUGUCCAUUUGGAAUGUGGAUAUUGGCAUUGAGCUGGUGUCCCUGACCGCGGCUGUGGAGUCCCACCCGCUCUACUGCUCCUUCUCCCCCGACGGCAACAAGCUGGCGGUGACGGAGUCCAACGGCAACGUGAUGGUCUGGAACGUGGCGGCGGGCUGCCAGUGGUAUAUGAUCUACCAAGCCCACAAGGGCAAGGUGACAGGCUGCUCCUGGUCCGCAGACUGCCGUAAAUUCACGACAUGCGGUACGGAUAGUGUGGCCGCUAUUUGGGAUGCCGAGUCCGGGGCGCCGCUGUUCAAAUUCAACCUCAAGGCGGGGCCGCUCACCUCCUGCUCGGUGUCCCCCUCGGGGCUGUAUGUCGCGGCGGGAUCGACCACCGGCACGCUGUCAGUGUCCAACCUGGCCACAGCCGCCCGCAACACCCCGGAGCCUUCCUUCCUAUUCCACUGGCUAGCUACCCACGACCUGAAGGCCGCCAACUUCCUGUACCUGAGGCUGCUGGCCAUGUAUCCCUUCCUGGCGAAUGUGCAGGACGCGCAGGGUUGGUCCAUCGCCCUCCAUGCCCUCUCCAGGGGGAAUGCCGAGGUAUCUGCAAUCGUCAUGGAUGCUUUGUCCAACGAGUGCGGCGUGUUGGGUCUCAUAUCUGCGGUGCCUUUCUCCGUAGCAACUAGGAUCAAGUUUCACAACCAGCCAGACGAGCCCGCCGGGCUGUUUGGCGGUGGCGGAGGCGGCGGUGGAGCCGGAGCACGGCCGACGAGUGCCUGGGCUGGUGGCGGCGACGGAGGCAACCGCAGCAUACGGCCGCGUACAGCGGCGGCGCUGCGGUCGGCAUCGAUGGCUGUUGGUGCGGAGGGCAACAAGUCGAUGCGGCGAGCGUCGCUGGCUUUCCUUAAACCCGACGACGACGACGGUCAGCUGCUUCCCGACAUGCGCCAAGGCAGCAACUUGCGGGACGUGCUGGUCCAGAAAUCGAAGGCUUCUUUCAGCCAGCAGCUCAAGAAGGUGGCGGUGGAGAUGGUGACGGAGACUCGCGACCAGGACCACAUGGCGCUGAUCCAGAACAAUGCGGUGGCGCUGGCGCUCAAUUCCAAGUCCUCGGAGUGCGUGCAGGCGGUGUUGGACGCAGCCGCCGCCAACAAGGUGUCCUGGGGCAGCUAUCACGCCAUCACCGACAUGAUGCCCUCCCUGGCGCUAAGGUAUCCCAUCAUGUGCUACCACUUCCUGGCGGCGCUGGACCUCAGAAAUCUGGGCGACCUGGAGGUGCCGGUGGCGGUGCUGAAGGGUUUGGACCGCUCCGUCAUCCGAACGGCGCCGAUUUUCACCAACGUGAAGAACCUGUGGCAGGGCCAUCUUAAGCUGCACGAGGUCAAAUUCGGUCCGCAGCCGUACGCACACGUCAAGGCGUCCAUGGUACGGCUGCCGUACGCCUGUUCCAUCGGCCGUGACUCGCUGCUUCAGACGCUUGUCGAGUCAGACGUGCCGGUCAAGGUGUACGGCACUCCGACACUACGCGCCAUCAUUAAGCACAAGUGGCGGUUGUACGCGCGGCGGAAGUUAUUGUUACGGUCGUUGGUGUACGUUUUUUACGUCAUUAUGUUUACGGUGACGGGCAUUUUGUUCAGCUUGGAGGAUCACACACUGUCCAUGUCCGGGUACUGGAAGACCAGCCAGGGCAAGGCGCACUUCAUCAUUGACGGCUACAUCUUUGCGCAGACCGCCUGGUACGCCUGGACGGAGCUGACUCAGAUGUAUGCCAUCGGACUGAGCAUGUACUUCCGAAGUUACUGGAACACGUUCGACAGCCUCAUGAUCUGCCUGGUGCUCCUGAUUCCGCCACUGCACGUGGUGCGGCUCAGCGACAACGAGGGGGGCGCGCUGGGGCCGCUCAUCGCCUUUGCAAUGAUCAUGGUGUGGUUCAAGUCGCUGUUCUACGGUCUGGCGUUUGAGCCCUUUGGCCCCAUCGUCAACAUGGUGUUUCAGAUCAGCCGGGCCAUCCGGCAGUUCAUGGUGAUGCUGUUCAUGUGCUGCUGCGCCUUUGGGGUGUCCCUCAUGGUGCUGUCGCAGUACUCCACCACGUCCUACCUGGGUCUUCCUGAUCAGUACUCGCGGGACGGCGGGCAAGACUUUGGCCGCACGCUGUUCACCAUGUGGCGGGCCGUGUUGGGUCAGUUUGACGUCAGCUGGGUGUGGGGCAGCGCCUGGCAGGAGCUGUCCAUUCUGUUCUUCUCCGGCUUCAUGUUUGCGGUGCAGAUCCUGCUGCUCAACAUGCUCAUCGCGCUGAUGCGGGAGGUCUACAACCGAGUCAAGAAUACAGAGGAGGACGUGUUCCUCAAGGGUCGGGCCACGCUGAUUGUGGAGGUGGAGACGCUGAUGGCCCGCAAGCAGCUGGAACGGUAUGCCAACAUGCCCCCCUACGUGCACCUGCUCACCCCGGUCAAGCGCAACGACGUGAGGGACCGAUCCGGAUUGGAGGCGCGACUGGAGAAGAUGGAGCAGAUGCUCAUGAAGCUGCAAGACGCGCUGGACCAGGGGCUCGUGGGGCCACGUGGCGCACCCGUGGCGGCGCUCCCGCCAGCCGGGGGACCCGUGGGUCACCUGGUUGGCGGAGACGGGCACGGCGGAGAUGGCUCCAACAUCAACACGGCGGCGCUGACCCAGGAGCAGCUCAACCUGAUUCAGCUGCAGGCUGGCAAGCUGAAGGAGAUGGAGGACCAGUUCCCGGCGGUGCUGCGGCAGCUGGAUAGAGUGCAGCGGUCCGUGAAUAACCAGGAGCUUCGGUUGGAGGGUGUGGUGACGGUGCUCCGUGAUAUCGAGAAUCUGCUCCGGAACCAGCAGCCCGUCGUGAUCCAUCAGGAGAAUCGGCCCAUGCCGCGACGUGGAUCCGUUCUCACGGAGGCGGAGCUGGAGGCGGAGGUCAAGAGGCUGCUGGGCAAGGGAGACGAGAAGCUGUGA